GGUUUUGUUGAUAUCGUGGACACUCGUGGACACUUGGUGGACAGAAGGACAUUGCCUUCGCCAUGGACAAUCGAUCCUCCUCCGCACUCCCACGCGUGCAGUCGAGACUCCCUGCGCCGGGGAAGUCCAAACUCCCGGCUCCUCCUUCGUCAACGCAGGGGACAUCCAUCCGACCACCGAGUCCCGUGAAGAGCGCUGGAAGCCUGAAGGGACCCCCUCAACUGCAGAAGCGCGCCUCUUUGUUGUCCGUGUCACGUCCAUCUCAGAAUGUGUCCAAAGCAGCGCCACCUCCUUCCAAGCCAGUCGCCAACAAGACAAAUCUUCCCAAUGCGCCACGAUCCCUCGUCAGGCCAACUCCUGCAGCCAGUUCCCUCUCCAAACCGCGACCUUUGCCCGCCAAGUCACGCGCCAUCGAAGACGAGGAGACGCAUGACCAGUUGAGCUCGUUGGACAGCUUCCGAUCAAACUCUCGACAGGGCUUUUCCAACGAGCCCGAAUAUGAGGAAUACGAUGAAUCACCGCCAGAGCCCAUCGAAGAUCCACCGCGAAAGGUCUCGCGACCGUCACUAUCAGACCGAACCAUCGAGAGUCUGAACUCAGUUCCCGGAACGCCAAAGGACAGACGACGCUCAAGUUUCUUCAACCCCGUCGAGAGCCCCAUGGCAAUGCCUCCGCCACCACGUCCAGGCUCGAGCUCAAGUCGGAGUGCAAGCCGUAAUGGCAGUAGACCGGGCACCAGCGAUGGCUCCUUCGGCAAACCGCUCGCCAGUCCCGCGUUGUCCGGGAAGUCCUACUCUUCCAGUGCCAAGCCCGCCUCCCGAGUGACCUCAAGAACUUCUAGCAUUGGCUCAAGUGCGUCCAGUCGGCGUAGUAUCAGUGGCAACUUGACCAGCAGAUUGCAGGAGGCCAAGACACCUGUACCGCAGCGCAGUGCUUCACCUGCAAAAUCUGGUAUCACGACUCCUGGAAGUGGUGUGCCGAAGCCGUCUGGUCUAAGCAAGCCGAGUACUGUGUCGACGCCAAAGUCUCUCAAGCCGCCGUCUAUCAAACCUGCGGGAUUGAAACCGCCAGCAUCGAGGCCACAGUCAUUGAAACCACCCGCGGCAAAGCCAGCGACCAAACCAGAACCCAAACGUGUCAUCUCGAAUUCAUCUUCCGCUCUGCGACAACAAAUCGCAGCUGCAAAGGCCGCCGCACGAAAGGCCCAACUACCACAGCAUGACUCGCCUCAAGAUCCACAUUUGAACGGCGAUCCAGCGCCCGAGGAAGAUUUCCACACCGAUCCCUUCAAUCAAGCGCCGAGAGACGAGAAGCACAUUUUUCGCAACCGCGUCAACACCGCACGAAUGACCGGCAAGCUGAACAUUGCCGCGAUGAGUCUGAAGAGCAUCCCUGAUGAAGUGUUGAAAAUGUACGACUCUGCUUCGAUGACAGAGAGUAAUGUUAAUUGGGCAGAAGUGGUCGAUCUCACCAGAUUUGUCGCGGCCGACAACUAUAUUGAGGAGUUUGACGAUGCAGUCUUCCCAGACCGAUCAGCGGAGGAGUUGGCCGACGAUGAGGAUGCGCAGGGAAACCAGUUUGGCGGGCUGGAAUACCUCGACUUGCAUGGUAAUUGGAUCAUAUCGCUGCCCAUGGGACUGCGACGACUCGAGAGGUUGACGAGUCUCAACGUCGCGAACAACAAGCUCGGCAACGGUGCUUUCGACAUCAUUGCUCAGAUCCCGGCACUGAAGGAGCUUCGGUUAGGACACAACAAUUUGGACGGCAACCUUACAACAUCAAUCUGCGAGUUACAACACCUGGAAGUCCUCGACCUGCAACACAAUCGACUGCUAGGCUUACCAGACGCCAUCCGCUCGCUCAAACACCUUCGUGUCCUCAACGUCUCCAACAACCAGCUCACAGCAAUCCCGAUGGACGCCUUCCAGUCCAUCUCCCUCGUCGAUCUCGACGCAAGCAGCAACGCUCUCAUCGGCUCCCUCUUCCCGAUGGGCGGCCAAAACGGCCACCCCACCCUCCAACACCUCAACCUAGCCAACAACUCCCUCGCCGCCCUCGCCUUCUCCGAGACCCUCGACAUGCCACGUCUGGAAGAUCUCAACAUCACAAACAACCACAUGACCAUCCUCCCCUCCAUCGCCUCCUGGAGCCGCCUCCUCACCCUCACCGCAGGCGACAACAAACUCUCCGACUUCCCCCACGGCUUCACCUCGCUGAUGAAACUACGGAACGUCAACGUCUCCAGCAACGACAUCCGCAUCCUCGACCCCGAAGUAGGCCGCAUGGAGGGGCUCGAAGUUCUCCUCCUCGCCGCCAACCCUCUCCGGGAAAGGAAAUUCCUCACCAUGUCCGCGGCAGAUAUCAAGCGCGAUCUGAAGUCCCGCCUCGCACCAGAUCCAUCCGACGACCCACCCGACAGCCCCAUCACCGUCGUCGGCGCGGAGGACGCCUCUCCUUCCUCACACUGGACACUAAAGGGCAACGGACUCCUCGACCUCGCCGCACAAUCUCUCACCGACGACGACCUAGCCGACCACCUGGAAUCCUUCCUCUCCCACCCUUCCAACGCCGACGGUCUGAAGACUCUUCACCUCCAAUACAACCGCCUCACCCACUUCCCACCCUCCCUCGCCCUCGCCACGAAUCUCCGAUCCCUCGACCUCUCCGGCAACCCCCUAUCAUCAACCUACCUGGUGGAGCCAACCACCCUCCCCCACCUCCUCGACCUAACCCUUUCAAAAUGCAACCUCACGACCCUGCACCCUCUCCUCUCCUCCCUCUCCGCCCCGCUCCUUACCACCCUCAACAUCAGCGUGAACCGCCUCUCCGGCUCCCUUCCUUCCCUCCGGCACUCCUUCCCGUCCUUGACAACCCUCUUCGCGUCGGACAACAAGUUCGCGAGCAUGACAGCGGAAAGUCUCAUGGGUAUGCACACGGUGAAUCUGGCGAGCAAUGAGUUGGCGGGGUUGGAUCCGGAGAUCGGGUUGUUGUGGGAGGAAGGGUUGAGGGCGUUGGAGGUUGGAGGGAAUGUGUUUCGCGUUCCGGGGCAUGUAGUGCUGGGCAAGGGAACGGAGGGCGUGUUGAGGUGGUUGAGGGGACGGUUGCCGGAGGGGCAUUCUGGGGUGAUUGGAAGGGAGGAGGAGGAGUGAGGAGAACGAGGAGUAAGGUUGGAAGCAUUGGAUCGAUGGUGGAGGAGGAGGUGUGG